AUGGUUCAAUCAUCCGUUCUUGGUUUCCCUCGCAUGGGAGCUCUCAGAGAUCUCAAGAAAGCUACUGAGGCAUACUGGGCUCAAAAGAUCUCUCAAGAUGAUCUCCUUGCUGAGGCAAAGAGACUUCGUCUUGCUCACUGGAAGAUCCAAAAGGAUGCCGGUGUCGAUAUCAUCCCAUCCAACGACUUCGCUCUCUACGAUCAAGUUCUUACUCACAUCCAAGACUUUGGUGCUACCCCAGAAAGAUAUACCAAGCAUGGUCUCGACCCAAUCGAUCAAUACUUUGCUAUGGGACGUGGUCACCAACGUGAUGGUGUUGAUGUUCCAUCCUUGGAGAUGGUAAAGUGGUUCGACUCUAACUACCAUUACGUCAAGCCAACUCUCCAAGACAACCAAUCUUUCAAGCUCACCUCAGACCCAAAGGCUGUCCGUGAAUUCAAGGAAGCCAAGGAUGCUGGUAUCACUACCCGACCAGUCUUGGUUGGUCCAGUUUCUUUCCUCCACCUUGGAAAGCCAGACCGUGGACAAACUGUUGACCCAAUUGAUCUUUUGGACAACCUUCUCCCAGUUUACAUUGAGCUCCUCAAGCAACUCAAGGCUGCUGGUGCCGAGACUGUUCAAAUUGAUGAGCCAACCCUUGUCUUCGAUCUCCCAUCCAAGACCAAGGCUGCUUUCAAGCCAACUUACGAGAAGCUCGCCAGCUUAGGUGAUGAGAUCCCAAAGAUUGUCUUCGCCACCUACUUUGGUGACAUCGUUCACAACAUUGAUGCUCUCCCAACUGACAUCUAUGCUGUCCACGUUGACUUGGUCCGCAACCCAGAGCAAUUGGAGACUGUCAUCUCCGCUUUGGGAUCCAAGACCAUCUUGUCCGCUGGUGUUGUUGAUGGACGUAACAUCUGGAAGACCAACCUCAAGCGUGCUAUUGAGACUGUUGAGUCUGCCGUUCAAAAGCUCGGAAAGGACCGUGUCAUCGUUGCCACUUCCUCUUCCCUUCUCCACACCCCACACACUCUUGCAAGCGAGAAGAAGCUUGACCCAGAAAUUGCUGAUUGGUUCUCUUUCGCUUCCGAGAAGGUUGUUGAAGUUGCCAUCAUCGCUAAGGCUGUUACUGAGGGACCAGCUUCCGUCCGCGCUGAGCUCGAGGCUAACGCCAAGUCUAUUCAAGCUCGUGCUUCUUCCAAGAGAACCAACGACCCCAAGGUCAAGGAACGUCAAUCCAAGAUUGCCGAGAAGGAUUACAACAGAAUCUCUGAGUUCCCAGAACGUAUUGCCCAACAACAAAAAGCUUUGGGUCUUCCUCUUUUCCCAACCACCACCAUUGGUUCUUUCCCACAAACCAAGGAGAUCCGUAUCCAACGUAACAAGUUCACCAAGGGUGAAAUCACUGCUGAGGAGUACGAGAAGUUCAUUGAGAAGGAGAUUCAGGAUGUUGUCAAGGUUCAAGAAGAACUUGACCUUGACGUUUACGUUCACGGUGAGCCAGAACGUAACGACAUGGUUCAAUACUUCGGUGAACGUCUCGAUGGUUAUGCCUUCACCACCCACGCAUGGGUUCAAUCAUAUGGUUCCCGUUGUGUUCGUCCUCCUAUCAUCGUUGGUGAUAUCUCUCGUCCAGCACCAAUGACUGUCAAGGAGUCCAAAUACGCUGUCUCCAUCUCCAAGAAGCCAAUGAAGGGUAUGUUGACUGGUCCAAUCACUUGUUUGAGAUGGUCCUUCCCUCGUGAUGAUGUUCAUCAAUCCGUCCAAGCUGAGCAACUUGCUUUGGCUCUCCGUGAUGAGGUUGUUGAUCUCGAGGCUGCUGGUGUUUACGUCAUUCAAGUCGAUGAGCCAGCUCUUCGUGAGGGUCUUCCUCUUCGUCGUGGAAAGGAGCGUGAGGCUUACCUUGACUGGGCUGUUAAGUCUUUCAGACUUUCCGUCUCUGGUGUUCAAGAUUCCACUCAAAUCCACUCUCACUUCUGUUACUCUGAGUUCCAGGAUUUCUUCCACGCAAUUGCUGCUCUUGACGCUGAUGUUCUCUCCAUUGAGAACUCCAAGUCUGAUGCUAAGCUCCUCAAGGUCUUUGUUGAUGAGGCUUACCCACGUCACAUUGGCCCAGGUGUUUAUGACAUUCACUCUCCUCGUGUUCCAUCCGAGCAAGAGAUCAAGGACAGAAUCGAGGAGAUGUUGCAAUUCCUCAAGCCAGAGCAACUUUGGAUUGAUCCUGAUUGUGGUCUUAAGACUCGUCAAUGGGCUGAAACUAAGGCUGCUUUGACCAACAUGGUUAAUGCUGCCAAGUUUUACCGUCAAAAGUAUGCCAACAAGGCAUAA